AUGGCCAUGCAUUCGAAUCUGACCUUGGAUCGGAGCUCAGUUGGGCACUGUGAGAAUAAAGACAGAAGUCAAUUAGCACUUAAAUUGCUUAUUGAGCUUCUCGCAUAUCAACUAGCGUCUCCUGUACGGUGGAUUGAAACGCAGCAUCAGUUGAUUACUGGUUGCCCUCCAGUAUGCCGUUUUGUUGAAGUUGGCCCGCGUACUACGCUUGCCACUAUGGCCAAAAAAUCUGCUGCUAGACACUACAGGUCCUAUGCAAAUUCACAAUGGUCGCACCUACAGUUUCUCUCCUAUCAGGACAACAAGGAUGAAAUUUUUUACCAUUACAUAGACUCUAAAGUCUGUUCAGACGAGAAAGGGAAAGCAGGACCUCCGACUUCACAUGAUUUGUCUUUGCUACCAUUGCUUCCUGGCUCUCUGAGGGAACCACAACAAUGCGUUCCGUCUAAAGCGCCUCCUUUGAGGGCUUCACCUAGUAUUGACGUGUCCCUUUCAUGUAACCAUAUUGCUCUGGCCAUGACAGCUCAGAAACUACGUCAACCGUUUGAUAAAGUUGCCAUGGGGAAAACUGUCCGCGAAUUAUCCGGUGGUAUGGGAAAAUCCACACUGCAAAAUGAGCUAGUAGGAGACCUUGUCGCAGAAUUCGGCAGGGUACCGGAAGGAGUUGAGGAUAUGACCUUGAUUGCGUUAGGAGAAGCGUUGCAAGGUGCUUUUGUUGGAAAGCCAGCUAAACACAUGACCACUCUAAUCGCUAGGUUAAUCUCAAGAAAAAUGCCCGCUGGGUUCAACCAAAACUCCAUGCAGGAUUACAUAUGCUCUCGCUGGGGCUUCUCCAAGGCUCACUCUCUCAUCCCUAUCUGCCUUGCGAUUACUAUUGAGCCGACCGCCCGUUUGGCAAAUGCACAUGCUGCGCAAGGGUAUAUUGAUGAGUUAAUCAGCCGGUAUGCGACAUUUCAAGGGAUUUCACUGGUCCCUGCCGAUGGUCUGUAUAUUGAGCAGAGCGAAUUAAUGCCGUCUGCUGUAAGUUUAUCUGAUCGUCAGGUCAUUCAGGAACAGCAGCGAAGCUAUUACCGUAAGCAUUUUGAUAUACUUGCGAAGUAUCUGGAGAUAGACCUCGGCGCUUCGGGACAGCCUCCACUAGAUAUAACAUAUCAAGAAACAUUAGAGAGAUGGAACGCUGAAUUCGAUGACCAUUUCUCUGAAGGAAUAAAGUCGAUGUUCGAUAUCAUGCAGGCUCGGAACUACGAUUCUUGGUGGAACUGGGCCAGGGAAGAGCUUAUCCAAUGGUUACACAAGGUUGCUUCGGACCCAUUAGACGUGGCUCUUCCAAGAAAAGGCAACCGCCUACGCAGGAUACUGAACCGCUGGGAUCCAAGUUGUAGCGACAUUGUCGAGGCAAUGAUCAAGUCGCCCCGUCCUGUCGGAUGUCCAAAGCAGGCGAUAUCCUCAUGUUCCGAUAUUCGGCUUGCGUUAAAGGAGAUUCUUCGUCUAGGAGACUUGGCUUUAGCGAGCGAGCCCAUCUAUAUCUAUUCCUUUCCGGCCUUGUGCCCGAAAACCACCAUCAGUAGCUCAGGCCAACUGGGAUAUAUGGAGACAGCCCGGAAAGUUUCUUCCUACCCGGACGUGGUAUGCCAAGGACGUCUAUGCGCCGACGACCUCGAAACAAUGAUACCUUUUGUGCAUAUUAAGUCUCGAAGGAACGAAGGUAGCUGGAAAUAUGACGCGGACGCAACCAGCAUACUGCAUGCAGCUCUAGGAACCGGAACUACUACUGGCUUUAGCUAUGCCAGCAAAACUGUUUUAGUAACAGGUGCUGGCCCUGACUCGAUCGGGGCACAAGUAGUGCAUGGUCUCUUGUGUGGUGGUGCUCGUGUAGUUGUCACCACAAGUCGAACAAUAUCCGAGAGCGCAAGCUUUUAUCAAGAACUAUACCGUCGGUGUGGCGCCAGAGGAGCGUCCUUGACGGUCUUCCCAAUGAACCAGGCGAGCAAACGGGACUGUGAAAACCUGAUAGAGCACAUAUAUAGUGCUGAUUCCCCUAUAGACGGCGACCUGGACUAUUUCAUACCAUUUGCUGCUGUUCCCCAAGCGGGUGAGCUGGAUAAACUGGGAAGUCGCCAGGAGCUAGCGCAUAGGGCUAUGCUGGUCAAUCUCCUGCGGAUUGUCGGUUUUAUUAGACAACAUAAGGAGAAACGACGGAUUAGCUGCCGGCCAACGACGAUUGUUCUCCCUAUGUCAUGUAACGAGGGCUCCUUCGGUGGUGACGGUUUGUACCCAGAGUCAAAAGCUGGCCUGAAGACCCUCCUGAACCGUUUCCAUUCCGAAAGCUGGUCAAGCUAUAUCACCAUUUGUGGUGCAGUUAUGGGUUGGACAAGAGGAACCGGGCUUAUGCACUCAUCCAAUAUUAUCGCAGAAGAAGUGGAAAAACUGGGUGUCAUUACCUUCACCCAAGCCGAAAUGGCAUUCAACAUCCUAGCUCUAAUGACACCUGGAAUUACUACACUUGCUGAGCAAGCUCCGGUCUAUGCGGACCUUACUGGAGGCUUGGGUCUGUUGUGGGAUAUUAAAGACCAUAUUUCAGGAAGUCGUAGGCGUCUUAACGAAGAAUCGCAGAUACGAAAGGCCCUACAGGAGGAAGAUACCCGUCACGUUUCGGUGCUCUUCGGACCACAACAGCAACAGCCAAAGGACACUGGGGUUAACAUUAGCAGGCGGCGUGCCCAUAUCCAAAUUCCAUUUCCUAUUUUACAACCAUUUGAUGACUUGAGAGUGAGUUUGCCCAAUCUCCAAGGGAUGAUAGAUCUCUCGCGUACAGUCGUCGUGGUAGGGUUUUCUGAGCUCGGGCCCUGGGGAAAUGCGCGCACUCGGUGGGAGAUGGAGCACCAAGGCUGGUUCAGUCUGGAAGGCUAUAUAGAGAUAGCAUGGAUAAUGGGAUUAAUAAAACACGUGGAUGGUGAUUGGAAAGGACGGCAUUACGUUGGCUGGGUCGAUGCAGAGACACAGGAGCCAAUACAUGAUCAGGACAUUCCCCACAAAUACCAUGAACACAUAAUGUCAAACACGGGUCUACGCCUUAUUGAGCCGGAGGGUGUGGACACUUAUAUUCCUUCUCAGAAGGAAUUCUUGCAGGAAGUGGCUGUUGAAGAGGAUCUUCCGCCUUUUGAGUGUUCGAAAUUAUCGGCAGAGGCCUUCAAACUACGGCAUGGCAACAAUAUCACGUUGCAGCCCAUUCCGGGUUCAGACAGCUAUCGUGUGUUUCUCAAAAAGGGUGCAGUUCUAAUGAUUGCUAAAACUAUCCCCUUUCAUCAGUCCGUAGCCGGGAUAGUUCCUACUAGCUGGGACGCUUUACGUUAUGGUAUUCCUGAAGAGAUCAUACAACAGGUCGAUACAACAACACUAUAUGCGCUUUGCUGUGUCUCAGAAGCCUUUCUAUCUGCUGGGAUUAAUGAUCCAUACGAUAUAUACCAACACAUUCAUGUUUCCGAGCUAGCGAACUGUUUGGGCACUGGAGGCGGGCCCAUGAAAGUCAUUCAAAAUAUGUAUCGUGAUCGAUUUCUCGACCGUCAAGUACGGGGCGAUAUCAUACUGGAACACUUCCUAAAUACAAUGGGUGCAUGGGUCAACAUGUUGCUAUUGUCUGCUUCGGGCCCCCUUAAAACUCCCGUCGGCGCAUGUGCAACCGCCUUAGAAUCUCUUGAUAUUGGCUGCGAUGCUAUUAUUUCGGGCAAUUGCAAAGUAGCCAUAGUCGGUGGCUGUGAUGACUAUCGUGAGGAGCUGUCGUUUGAGUUUGAUAGUAUCAAAGCUACAGCCAACUGUGUCGAGGAGCUGGCCAGAGGAAGACUUCCCGGUGAGAUUUCUCGUCCAACAGCCAGCUCGCGCAGUGGCUUCGCUGAAUCUGCCGGCUGCGGUGUGCAGCUCCUAAUGAAUGCCGAACUAGCCCUCAAGCUAGGCCUACCGAUCUACGGAAUUGUCGCGUAUAGUCAGAUGGCUAGUGACCAGGCUGGUCGCUCCAUCCCCGCUCCUGGAAAGGGCAUUCUAACUGCCGCGCGUGAGCACCAUGAGGCCAAAAGCUCUCCAUUUUUGGACUUUAAUUUCCGCCGCGCAGGUUUCGAUGAGGAAGUGGCGGAUAUUGAGCAAAAGUCGAUCGGUGGAUCGGUCGGGAGAAUGCAGAGUUCAGGCGCCGCCCAAGCAGUAGCAGAACAAUCCAGGAAACUGAAAGUUCAAGAUACUCAAUGGCGCUGGGCUCACAACAUUCGUCUACAAGACCCAUCAAUAUCCCCACUCAGGGCCGCCUUAGCUACAUGGGGCCUAGGAGUUGACGACAUUGGUGUCGUCUCAAUGCAUGGGACAUCAACCAAGGCAAACGACAUCAACGAAGGAGAAGUUAUUAACACCCAAAUGGAUCAUCUGGGCCGCCGCAAAGGCAAUCCACUUCUCUGCGUAUGCCAGAAAUCACUAACCGGGCAUCCGAAGGCAGCGGCAGGUGCGUGGCAGCUGAAUGGCUGCAUGCAGAUCUUGCAGAAUGGAAUCGUCCCAGGAAAUCGAAACGCAGACAACAUCGAUGCACAAUUGCGACAAUUUGAGCAUUUGGUAUACCCGAUGGAGUCGAUCAAGACAAGAGGAAUCAAAGCGACCAUGAUAACCUCUUUUGGUUUCGGGCAGAAAGGUGCCAUCGCCAUUGUGGUAACACCCAGCUACCUUCUUGCGUCUCUUCCCGCGUCGACGUAUGAAGAAUAUCGUGUGCGAGUGACACAGCGACAGCGCGCUGCCAAUCCGGAACUUGUCUCCCGGAUACUGAACAACUGCAUCGUGCAAAUAAAGAGCCUUCCACCAUGGGAGAACAAAGAUGCGACGGAAAAGGUCUUUCUGGACCCAGGCAGUUGUCGACAAGACGUCACGACGGAAUUUACCAACGAAGCACACGCCAACUCGUCUAAAUUGGUAAAUACUACCACCGAUCGCAACUCACAAAUAGUCGAGAAUGAGGAUGAAGGAACAAGUUUAUCUUGCCUUGUUGAAAAAAUGCUCAUAGAUGCCGUCGGGAGAUCCAAAGGAACAUCAUCUCCAAGCAUAGGAGUUGAUGUGGAAGAAAUCGCCAGCAUCAAUACCGAGAACGAGACAUUCUUACAGCGCAACUUCACUUUGGCUGAACGUGAGUACUGUUUGAAGGCGCCCAAUCCUCAAGCCUCUUUUACAGGUCGGUGGAGUGCCAAGGAGGCUGUCUUCAAAAGUCUUCACGCUUCCUCCUCGGGACCAGGGGCUCCGAUGCAGGACAUUGAGGUCCUUAGCCACUGUGGCGUCCCUAUAAUUACCCUUCAUGGAGAAGUCAAAGACAUCGCUCAGGCCAAGGAUAUAGGGAGGGUUGAAAUAAGUAUUAGUCAUACAAGUAAGGCAGCUGUUGCAAUCGCAGUGGCUGUGAAAGGUUGA